AUGGAUGAUCGUCUACUUGUUCCUGAUGCCGCCGUCAUUUCGACAAUCUUCCCUGAAUCGCAACCAACUUCAAUCGAUAUACUGGCCAACUCCUUCACCAACUGCACAUUCAAGGCAGAAUUUGAAAACAGCCCCGCUGUCAUCGUCCGGAUUGACGCGUCAAGUGGGUCACUCGCCAUCGUUUCUGCUAUUCAAGAGGCAGCCGCCGUCCAAAUUCGAACAUAUGUUCCCAAACAACUCGCUUUUGGGGAGGCAGUAACGGGAGACAAAAAGAAUGUGGAUUACACGGUUACUGAGUUUGUGACUGACACUGUGACGCUGGAAUCUGUUUGGCCAUCCCUUGAUCUCGCGCAAAAGUCGUUCUUGGUCGAUGAUCUUGUCAAUGCUAUGGAUGCAAUUCAAGACGUCAGAGAGCCGCGUAAACUCGCUCGAUGGCUUAUUCCCGAUACAAGUCCGGUAAAUGUUGUUCAAGCUUUUGAAUUCGGCAGUGCAAGAAUUGGUUUCGCUAAGGAUAUUCGCGAGUUCCUCACAUUAUUUAUCGCUAAGCAUCAAGACCCAACCUGUGCUACUUCCAGCAUAGAGGUGUCCUUAGACGGAGACGGUGUUAUCAUCAAAUCCGCGUUACCAGCAUUAGCAUUCGAAACAGCUGUCAAAGACAUCUCACUAGGUAACUGCAACCAGCACUUGGACUUUUAUCUCAUGUUCAAGAAGAAAACACCCCAUAUGAUUUUAGGCGGAGGAGCUUCCGAAAAGCUGGUCAAAGCCGUGCAUCUCAUCGCUGAGUCCAGCGCCAGGCAGAACACCGGUAUCAGCGCGGAGAUUCGUCGCCGGUGGCUUAUGAGGGAGAAUUUGGAGCAAAGUGACAAUGUGCUAGAAGGUUGGAUACCCAAGACUGUUGGGGACAGUAUGGAGCGACCUUUGCGUCCUUUUUCAAAGGAAGAUAACGAUGAGCUUACACAACGAGUACUGAAGGAUCUUGGGAAGAAAUGA